AUGGCGACGCCAAGAAUCCGACUGACAAAGGCGAAGAUCGUAGCUCUGUGGACUCUCAACAUAAUCGUGGAUAAGUGCGCAAUCUGCAGAAAUCACAUCAUGGAUACGUGCAUAGAGUGCCAGACAGAAGAAAAGUCCGUGGAGUGCAAGCUCGCAUGGGGAACGUGCAACCACGCCUUCCACGCGCACUGCAUCUCCCAAUGGCUAAAGUCAAAGAAUAUCUGCCCCCUCGACUCGAAGCCGUGGAAUUUCCAUCAUACGCUAGACAAGUGA